AUGUCAGUAGAUCAGACGAUAUCGGAACUUAGUGGCACAUUGGCACAGCUCAGCACUCUAGUAGCACAUAUUAACGGACAAAUUAAUGGUAUUACGAGUAGAAUCAAUCUCACUUUGGAUAAUUUUGACCAGGCAGUGGCAAACAUCGCAAAAGAUGCUGGAUCUGUGACGUAUCAAGUUGGAGACUCAGUCUCACAGGUGCCGAAUUCGUGGGUGUUCUACAUGCUGUUCAUCACUUUGAUCGUUGUGUUCAUACUGUUAUCAGUUGUCCUAACACUAAAUCUGAUAACGAAAGUCCAUGCGAUCGUGCGAAUCGUGAACAGCAAAGACGGGACGGAUAGAGCGCUCAUAUCCACCAGGGAGGAUCCCAGAUACGACAAAUCUUCCCAUAUCGAAGGCGUCACUCCUUACACACCGUACAGUCAAAACUCGCACUAUACACCGCCAAUGACAAAUGUGAGAAAUCAAGUGUCCAUACCAAUGGAGCACGAACCUCGACGUGUUGGGAUGCAACCGAUGAGACGGGAUUCUGCCGAUGUUGAACCACGCCCCUACCAGAGACGAAUAGACGAACCGGCUAAGUACAGCCCGGAUUCAACUUCGCCGUACACGAGAAGUCUUGAAGUUUAA